AACCGCCCGAAACGAGUGACACGAUAACAACGCGUAUUAAUCCCGCCGAAUAACCGCCUCGAUGACUAACGGCGAAACGACGACGCCUGUUUUUUCCCGUUUGCAUACGUAACAGCAGGUCGCAGAUGAUGGCGGGGCCGGUACCCGCGAUAUUCCCGCUCGGAGUUUUAUCGCGCGACGCGGAUCUUCUUGUUUAGUCUCCGGCGACCGGUCCUAUCGGUAGUCCAGCAGCUUUUGCUCGCCGGCUCGCAGACUGUACGGCGUGCGCGUUCCAAUUAGGCAAUCCGUAUUUUGCCCAGCGAUCGACGCGCGACCCGAAUCCGCGACACCGAUCUUCCGCGGAGACGCCAUUGUCAACCGACAACGGGACACGAUCCUUGACCCGGUUCACCGGACGAGGAUAUUUCACGGUCGGAUUUCGAACUAGCGAAACCUAUUGAAAACGAGCAUUUAGUUUUUCGACUCGACCGAGUUAGAUCGACGUCGCUUUGGCGAAUGGUUCAGCCAGAGACUCGUUACCUCGAGGAAUCAAUAGCCACCGCACAUCCAGGACAGAGCCUGAACAAUCCCAGGAACACCAACAAAGAACCAUCAGCAACCGAGUCUCGAUAUCACCACACGCAAACCGACAGCAUGUCGAACGUGUCCGGCAUAAUGGAGUCAGAGGACGUCGUUCGCAAAGAGACUCUUGUUCGUCGUGUCUCGAACAUCCUAAAAGACGGCAGCAACAGCGGGCCGCCAUUGCUGUUUCGUCACGCGUCGAUGCAGAGGAUCCGCCAUUGCUGUCAGAAUCUCAACCUGUUCCCGUAUCUCCUCUACUCGGUGGACAACUCCAAGUCUCACCCGAUCCCGAGGAAGGUUCACGUUUGCCUGGGCCAGCUACUGCGAGUGAUCGUGGCCAGAGUCUUCCACAUUUACCAGCAACUCCGACACAGCCUUCUCCGCGGCAUCCAGUCCGAUGACUUCCAAUCGAAGCAGACCACGCAGACCGACGACGUUCCGAAGCCUCCAGUGAAGUUCCAGAGGGUCGUGCGAAGGAAACCCAAGCAAAGCUGUUCGUUGUACCUAACGUUAGCCAUCUACCUGGCGCCGCUUGUGCUGUUCUGCCAGUUGAUAGGACUGUUCAGCAUAAUGGUAGUUGGCAAGUACACACCGGGAUUCAUCUUCUUAACGUCAGCACUGCUGUUCCUCGGCUGCAUCUCGCUGAAGAUAAUGUUCUACGAGAGCACGCCCAGGACCGCCAAACACAAGAAGGACAAAGCGCUGUGAUCAUGCACUUGAUGAUCGCGAUCGAUCAGAUAAAUCGUGUAGCCGGCCGAUUCGACUAUAGUAUUUCGGAGUAUCUUCUGAUGUUCUAGGCUCACUGUAGUCUGCUAUUCGCGAGAGGAAUGUAAGAGUUUAUAUAAGACGUUGAGGUAUUCGAGUUUUAGAGAGAUGGAAUAUUCAUUCGGAGAGGAUCUUGGGGUACUGGACAAUAGGGUAUUGCAGGGAGUUUUGUUGUUCUUUGUAGAGUGGAGCUGAAAUCUUGGAUUCGGAGGUUUUCAGAGAUUGGGAGCUGGGUAAAAGAGAAUUAGAAUUCUCGCGUUAAUGAGUUCGCGGCAGGUUGACGGUAGUUUAAGGAUUGUUGAGAUGUCUUGAAUAAUUAAAGUAGAUCGCAGCGUUAAUAGAAUUACACAUUAUCCUCGUUCUCUUCGGAAAGCAGGCUACAGUUGACCGGUAGGACGCUCGCGAACGAUAGACAAUUUCUAGAGCUAGCCAUCGUCAUCCGUUUCUCGAUAGCUUCGUAGUUAGGUUACCGGCCGAGGCCUCUUGCGCAAUGAAGCGAGGUACUCGCAAUCGGAUCGCGGAUCUUUAUGCAGCGGAAAGCGCAGGAACAUCGUCGAAGUUCGAAACGUCAAGGUUAUUUCACUCGUAUCGCUCCCCUGAAAUUCAUUGACUGCGGGAACGAUGCGUAAUCGAUUCGAAUUCCGCUGAAUCAACUUCCGAGCACGCGAAUGCAUAAACAUCGUCGGUCUAGUCACGAUAUUAGCGAGUCGACGUUCGAAUUUUCUGAUAUCGAGGGUCUGGAAUGAAUUGCGCGAGAGACGACCUGUCAGUUCCUGCGGGUUCCAACGUUCUUCGGUUCUUUUCCGUUCUUCCUUGUUUCUUUUUGUUUUUCUUUGCGAAUCGCGCGUCGGGUCGUAGCAACACGUUUUAGAGGAUAGGAGAGGAUGCGCGGACGCGACUGCGAGGAUAGCUUCUACGGUGGAAACAGACGAGACGAACGGGUUCCCAUAAUCGUACACGUUCCCCCUGCAACCAGUAGACCAGUUGUAAUGUCGAACGUUCGGUUUCUACCUUUAUUUCGCUAGGAAGUAAAGCUGAACCCCGAGAAUCGCAAUUAUCCGAGGACACGCGGAACAGCAAUCUCCAGGGAGUUGUCUAAACGAGGUCGCGGCAACGACCAAUCCUCUGCAGCAGAAGACUGAGAAUUUGUUUUUAAAAAAACUUGUUUUUCCCCUCCCUCCCCACCCCACCUCCCGUUGUUUUCCUUUUUCUCUUUUUCUUUGUACAUAAUGAAUAGGGACGAGUGAAAGAUAGAAAUCGCGCGCGUAGGGAUAAAAGAGGAAAUAUAUAUUAUAUAUAUUAUAAAUAUAUAGAUAUACGAAAACGCGAGAAGAGGAUUAUUCUCUGUAUGUCAUUCACACUUACACAUUUACACACGUGCAUUCACACAAACACACACACGUUCAUACACACACGCGUACACAGAGUCUUUCGACCGCCAUUUAGAAGAGGACUUGGUGCGUCCACUGAACGAGUUAGGCUAAUCUGUGAUGAAGUGGAGCCAAGUUGUAUUUUUAACGGCCACUUGAUGUCCCACUUACUUAAGUACGAUAAGGAUACAUGUGUAACAUCGUCAAACUUCUUUUUUAAAUAUACGUUAAUUACAACGAAA